AUGUUCCUAUCUGUCUUGUAUCUUUCCACCUGCAACGUCGACAAUCCGGCUGAGGUUCCACGUCCCUAUUCUCCCACCGAUUCGCGUCGACAAUCCGGCUCCGUCGGCCGCCGUCGUCGUCGUCACCGCUAUCAUCUGUCUCUACCGCGAUCGCCGUUGGUCGAGUUUCGUCGUCGCGUGCGUUCGUUCGUGCUCAUCGCCAUCAUCAUGGUGCUGUCGCGCACGACGUCGGAGGAUCGCAACAAGGAGGACGCGGUCCUGGAGCCCGUCUUCGCCAACCGAUACAUGCAGCAACCCGUCAAACGCCACGUGUUCCCGGCGGACGAGAUGUCGCGCGAGGUGGCGUAUCAGAUCGUGGCGGACAUGCUGGAGAUGGACGGCAAGCCGCGCCUCAACCCCUGCUUACCUCUACCUUCCCUUUUCCCCCCUCCUUCCUCCCUUCCCCUCUUCCCCCACCUCCCUCCCCUUCAACGCUUCCUUUCCCCCACGCCUCCCUCCCGUCCCCCUCCCUUUUUACCCCACUCCCCCCUCGCGCUCUUCCCGCCCUCCCCUCUCCCCGUCCCCCCCAACCCCCCCGUCAGGCACGUGUUCCCGGCGGACGAGAUGCCGCGCGAGGUGGCGUAUCAGAUCGUGGCGGACAUGCUAGAGAUGGACGGCAAGCCGCGCCUCAACCUGGCGUCGUUCGUCACCACGUGGAUGGAGCCCGACGCCGAGCGCCUCAUGACCGCGUCGCUCAACAAGAACGCCAUCGAUCUCGCCGAGUACCCCGCCUGCGCGCACAUCCAGGAGCUGUGUUUGAACAUGCUGGCGCGGCUGUACCACGCGCCGCUAACCGAGGGGCAGACGGCCGUGGGCACGGCCACCAUCGGCAGCAGCGAGGCCAUCAUGCUCGCAGGCCUGGCAAUGAAGCGGAGGUGGGUGAAGUUUCGAAAGGACAAGGGCCUUCCCACAGACAGCCCAAACCUAGUAGUGGGCGCCAACACGCACGUGGUUGUGGAAAAGUUUGCCAACUAUUUCGACGUGGAGCUGCGCAUGGUGCCCGUCACGCCCGAGUGUCCGUGCCUGCGCGUGGGCGAGGCGGUGAAGCUGUGCGACGAGAGGACUAUUGGAGUGGUGCCUAUUCUGGGCAGCACGUACACGGGGCACUUUGAGGACGUGCAGGGACUGGACGAGGCGCUGAGGAAGCUGGACUUGCCGCACGGGUGGGUGGUUGGUGGUGCUGGGUGGUGCUGGGUGGUGCUGGGUGGCGCUGGGUGGCGUUGGGUGGUGCUAAGUGGUGCUGGGGAAUGCUGGGGGAGGAGGAGGCGGGAUGGGUGGAGCACUAUUGGAGUGGUGCCUAUUCUGGGGAGCAAGUACACGGGGCACUUCGAGGACGUGCAGGGACUGGAUGAGGCGCUGAGGGCGCUGGAACUGCCGCACGGGUGGGACACGUUCCCCUCCUCCUCCACUCCUCUACCACUCCCAACCCUUCCAACCCAUUCAUCCCUCCCCCUCCCCCUCCCCCUCUUCGCCUCUCCCCAUCUCCCCCUCUCCCCCUCUCCCCCUCUCCCCCCCUCCCCAUCUCCCCAUCUCCCCCUCUCCCCCUCUCCACCUCUCCCCCUCUCCCCCUCUCCCCCUCUUUCCCUCUUUCCCUCUCCCCCUCUCCCCGUUUCCCCCUCCCCUCCUCCCUCCUUCAGCUGGCAGGUCCCAAUCCACGUGGAUGCAGCGAGCGGCGGCUUCAUCGCGCCGUUCCUGUACCCGUCCCUCGCGUGGGACUUCCGCCUGCCAUCCGUGCUGUCCAUCAGUGUGAGCGGGCACAAGUACGGGCUCACGUACCCGGGCAUCGCAUGGCUGCUGUUCCGCAACGACCGCUGCCUGCCGCAGGAGCUCAUUUAUCAUGUGGACUACCUGGGCGAGGACCAGCCCACGUUCACGCUCAACUUCUCCCGCGGGGGGUGUUCGGGGUGUGGGAGUGAGGAGGAGGCACGGGGUGAUGUAGGCGCGGCGCAGAUCGUGGGGCAGUACUACCAGUCCCUUCGCCUCGGCUUCAAGGGCUACCGGCGGGUGAUGGAGAACUGUGCAGAGGUGGCGGACUCGCUGCGGGAGCAGCUGGAGGCAACGGGCAUGUUCCACAUUCUAUCGGACACCAACAUGGGCAUCCCCCUCGUCGCCUUCCGCUUCAAACCGCACUCCCCGUACGUGCACCUGUCAGAGAGGGAGUUGAGUGACGACCUGAGGAGGCACGGGUGGAUCCUGCCCUCCUACCAGAUGCCGCCCAACAUGCAUGAUGUGACGGUGCUGCGAGUGUGUGUGCGGGAGGACUUCUCUCGCGAGCUAGCAGAUUGGCUGGUGCGAGACAUCAAGGAGACAGUGGUGCGCAUGAAGGCCCAUGAGGACAAGGCACGCGCGAGGGAUAGGGAGAUGGAGAGGGAGGGAGAGAGGGUGGGAGAAAGGGUGGGAGAGAGGGAGGGGAAGGGUGAGGUGAAAGCUGGGGAGGAGAAGGGUGGAGGAGUGGAAGAUGGGGGUAAAGGGGAGCUGCCGCUGCCCAAAUCCAGACCCCUGUGUUAG